AUGUCGGUUGGGGAGUGGGCGGCGGCGGCCAUGGCGUCUCGCAGGAGUGGAAAACAAUUAAGUACUUUGGCAACAUGGACAUCUACUGAAGUUUAUCUUGGAUAUAAUGAAGCGUUUAAUAAAAUCAGAAAUACAGCAAACUUAGUGAAGUUCUUAAAUUUUCCAAAUACUGCUUCUUUAUCUAUAGAGGCUGUUAGUUAUGACUGAAUCCCAUCUGAAAUUACGUUGUUGCUGAUCUGCAGUGGCUGCAGCUCCUCCAGACUUUUUUCCCUAUCAGUUUAUAAUGAAGACAGACAAUUUAGGGGCUUAAGAAGUUUUUACUUACCUGUUCCUUACAGUUCCGUUAUGAGGAUGACAUACAUAAAUGCAGCAUUCUCAUCUGGGCUGCUGUAGGAUGAGUUUACUACACCUACAAAAACAACACAUAUAAUGGAUAUUUUCAAGUAUCUAGAUCAAAACUUCCUCUACCAGAAUUGUCUCAUGGAAGCACUAUUCACCAGAUUAUUCUUGGUUAAGUUAUCUUACUUUUAUGUUGGCUGCCCUCCAGGAAGAAAUAUUAUGAGGACCAGAUAUGAUGGCGAUGCAUAUGUUAGAAAUGUUGAAGCGAAUUUGAUAUUAUGGGAGAUGAAAGGCAGAACUGACUGUGGGUAUGCUUCAUUCAUGAAAGAAAAUUACAGAUCCUGUUUUGUGUUUCAUCAGAACAGUACAAACGAAGGACUGCAUGAGCAGUAUCUGAUUUUAAACAGCACCUUGAACAAUCACAUUGCUUGGGCUUCUAGUCAUAGUGCCAUCUACGUGUUCAGAGUGAGGAUAUUAGAUCGAAACUACAGAUAA